AUGGACCAACAACAAGCGGCACAGGUCCUCCAGUCGCUCCAGGAACUACAGACCGAGGUCAAUCGACUAAGAGGCCGAGAAGCUGAACUGACAGCACAGGUCGCUUCUUUUGGUGCCGGUUCGGCUGCUUCAGCUGGACCUGGCAGUGCACUGGCACAGUUGGUGCAGUCACAAAAGGAGCUUGUGGACGCCCUUAGAUCGAAAGAACAAGUCCGGUUGGUCGACAACAAGGGCCUUGGCAAGCCCGACAAGUUUGAUGGGACAGCCGAAAGAUUCUUGUCAUGGAAAAUCAAGACGUCCUCCUAUCUUGCAAGUGUUCGCAAAGACAUUCGUGAGAUUCUGGUUUGGGCCGAAGAUUGCGAUCAUGCAAUCACUGCAGAUGACAUCGACAAGGCUUUUGGGAGUCAAGCAGAUGCCAUUGACCAGGUGUCGAACAUCAGUGAAUUGAGACGCGAGCUUUGGGACGCGCUGCUAAUGCUGACAGAGCGUGAGCCCUUUGACAUCGUGCUGAACACCGGGGAAUGCGGCAUCGAAAGCUGGAGAAAGCUCACGCGGAGGUACGACCCAUCCACUGGUGGUCGCAAACGCGCUCUCCUCAAUGCAAUCUUGUCACCGGCUCGGUCCAAGAUGGAAGAUUUGCCGUCCAACCUGGAGAAGCUUCUUGACAGCAUCAGACUUUAUGAACGUCGCAAAGACGCAUCUGGCAACCGAACGAUGUUGGCAGAAGACAUCAAGAUCAACGUGAUUGAACGAUUGGUGCCGGCAGAGCUCGAGCGUCAUCUCGUUCUCAAUCGAGAUCGCUUCAAGACGUUCGAGUCCAUGCUGUCCGAGAUCCAGUCCUAUGUGGAACAUGCCACCGGCAACAAGAUCAAGGUGGUGAAUAGCCAGCCCUACGACGCACAUGGCCGUGGGGACGAUCCUAUGGAUGUCGGAAGCUUUGGAAAAGAUGCGAAGGGAAAAGGUAAGGGCAAGAAGGGAGCUGGAGGAAAACCUGGAAAGGGAAAUGCAACAGCUGAGAAGAGAACAUGUCACAACUGCGGACGCCCAGGACAUCUGCGGGCAGAUUGCUGGGCACCUGGAGGCCCCAAACAUAAGGGGACGGGUGGCAAAGGCAACAGCAAUCAGAAUAAGGACAAGGGCAAGGGCAAAGGCAGCCCCGGAAAGCACAAGCAGAAGCCCAAAGGAGGCAAAUCUGUGAACAAUGUCGAACAAGGUGAACCAGAAGCAGAAGACUGGGACGCAGCUGAUGGCGACGAUGGUCAACAAGCAGCAAAUGGUUUAACGCUCUAUGGCGUUGAUGGGCCACCACAUGACGAGGAUGACGACGAAAGUUUCCAGGUCGAUCCCGAGUCCGAGGAGUCGGAAGCCUCGACAAGUCGCAGAAGGUGGUUUUCUUUGCCUCACCCACGUGCGUCAUGGCCUGAAGAGUGGGACGACCCCGACUAUGAUGGACCGAGUGGAUCGAGCACCUCGAACGCCACAGGGAAGACCCAAGAGGGGCAGAAGUCCAAAGAGCUCAACACCAAAGAGAGGCAAAGCAAGCAGAUCAGAGCCAGUCACUCCGGAGUCAGCACUCCGACGCUUUCGAAUGACUUCGAUGACACCACCACCAAGGAGAAGGUUGAGGUGAAGCCACCACCACCUGUCAAGGCAUCAUCGGCAGCUUCGACUUCAGGUUCUCGACUUGUCCAGAUGCUGAAGGCUGCGCUGAGUUCACAAAUCCGCAAAGUCCAAGAAGAAGAUCCUGGUUCAGGAGAUGGCCAGGCAGAUGCGAUGUUAGCGGCUUUGAGGACUAGAUCUGUCAAGGCACCGCACAUCACAAAGCAGAACAUCAGCGAUCCUUCUUUCCACGACUCGAGAUACCAUGCCGAGAUUGCCAAAGGUGUUGCACACAAUGUGGCCUGGAGAAAUGAACGUUUGAGAAGACGUGCAAUCGUCCACCGACGAGGAGGAGUCAAGGAUGAAGACAACUUGGAUGCGGGCAUCGAGACGGUGGUUGUGGGCAAAGCUGGUCAGAGCACAGUGAUAGAGUUUUCAAUGGAAGAGCGGAAAACUUUGAGGCAGUUCCCGGACGACGAGGCCAAGUUGCUGCGGAAGGAUCCCAAGAAGAAACCCAUGACCAAGCGUGUUCGAAGCGUUGGGUACAGGGUGAAGAAGAAUCGCAACCGCAAUGUGGCGCGCAAGAUGGCGAGGAAGAACCGACCAGCCUUGGUUCUGAAGGAAAACACUGAAGUGAACGCAGAUGAAGAUGAUGAUGAAAUGGAAGAGGUCUACAUCGAAGAGCCUGAUGAGCCUCGAGACCGACCAGGCAGAGGAGACCCCGAUGGUGGAGCUGGAUCGGCUCCUGCUGCAGUCUACAGCUUGGGGGCCUCUGACGACUGGCGAAAAUGGGAACGAGCAGAGUUGAACAUCGACACCGGUGCUGCCAUCACUGCAGUACCACUUGACUUCGCCAAGGACUACCCGAGGAGCGAGUCCAAUGGAGCAAGCUACAAGGCAGCCAAUGCGGAACCCAUCGAAGAUCAGGGAAGUGUGAAGCUGGUGGGAUACGACGAAUCUGGCAACAAGAUCCCAAUCGAUUGCCGAGUUGCAGAUGUGCAUCGGCCACUUCUUUCAGGUUCCGAGAUCGCCAAGAACUACCACAUCGCCCUUGGACCAUCUUCGGGGAGAUUGAUCCCAAGAAACACUCCUGCGGGACGGGCCUAUUCGAAGGCCAUGAAAGAUCUGAUCCGAGAUUAUGGCGAUUCAAUGCCCAUUGUGCACAAUCGCCGAGGCAUCUAUGUGUUGGACUAUUGGGUGUCACCUUUUCAGGGGCAUCCUCAAGAGGAGUAA